CAAUUAAGAUAAUAUAAAUGCGGUUUCGGCCCCCCUCCGGCCAAAGCGAGGCGAAUUUCCUCCGGAGUAUAUAACAGACGGACGGGUGCAUGGUAGGGGUACACACCAAAUCGAGCUCGUUUCGAAACAACACACUACAACACUAACUAGAAGCUCGACACGAUGAACUGGAUCAAAUUUCUGGUGUUCGUCGCCGCAAUCGUGGCGGUACCGGCGGCCAAACUACCCAGCAGCUUCGGACGAUGUCACAAAAGCGACGCCCAGUUUGAGGACUGCCUGAGGAAGAACAUCGAAGGGGCGAUACACGCUUUGGCGAAGGGUGCUCCGCAGUUGGGUCUGAACCGUCUGGAACCGUUGGAAAUACCGUCGCUCACGAUCGGACAAGGUACCGGUCCGGUGCAGGUGGAGCAGAACUUCCACGACGUGCUCAUCCACGGAUUGACCGGCUCCAAAGUCGAAGCUGCCACGGCUGACUUGGAGAAGAACUUGAUCACUGCGACUAGUUUGACGCCGGAGUUGAGGCUGGAGGCCAAGUAUGACAUGUCUGGACGUGUUCUUCUGCUUCCGAUGGUCGGAAAGGGUCCCUGCAACGUCACACUUUUAAACACGAGAAUAAACCACCGGAUCGCAUUGGAGCAGUACGAGAAAAACGGCUCUGCCUAUUGGAAAGUCAAGGCGUUCAACGUGAUAAUGAAGCCCGGAAAAGUCACGUACAAGUUCGAUAAUUUGUUCGACGGCCAAAAGCAACUCGGCGACGAAAUCAACAAGGUGCUGAACGACAAUUGGAGUGAAGUGUUUACCGAUGUGAAGGACGGCUACGAGAAGUCGUUCGGUUUGAUCUUCCAGGACCUGGCGGAACGAGUGUUCUCGAGGGUGGCCCUGAAAGAUGUCUUUUAUUUGGAUUAGGAUUAGUUUUUUUAAAUAAUCUAUAUUAGAUUUUUACCAUUAGUAUUAUUUUUGUAAUAAAUAUUUAUAUUAUGAUUCAAUUGAUUAUUUCCUGAAGAAGAAUUACUAGUUAGUUCUUCAAGAGGAAGAGGAACACUAUUUUUGUAAUAAAUAUUUAUAUAAUA